AGAGCCUUAGGGUAAAACUAACCUCUCGUACUUUGACGCAAGGCUCCCUCACCCUCACUCUAACCAUGACCGGCGACCACCACAUUUUGCCUCCGCCUACGCCUUCGCCUCCCGACCUCCAUGUCACGAUUGAAAAGGGUUCUCAAAACAGGGAGCAACUCUUUGAGGAUGAUGAGAAUGAGCUUGAAAUGGAAGGGAACGGCAUUAAUUUUGAGAGCAAUGGACUUGAUAUAGAAGAAAAUGGCCUCGAUAUUGAAAGCAAUGACCUUCAGGAUGAUUGUGACCAAAUGCUCGAGAUUGAAGACAAUCAUGAAAGCAACGGGGCUGAUGCAACUGCAGUUUCUGUUGAAAAUGGCAUAUCCCAAGGAAGAAACUAUCCACCGUCGGCUGUGGGGAUGGAGUUUGAAUCAUAUGAUGAUGCGUAUAAUUAUUAUAACUGUUAUGCCAAGGAGCUAGGAUUUGCAAUCAGGGUGAAAUCUUCGUGGACGAAGCGUAACAGCAAAGAGAAACGUGGAGCUGUGCUCUGUUGUAACUGUGAGGGUUUCAAAACGAUCAAAGAAGCAAACAGUCGCCGGAAGGAAACAAGAACUGGCUGUCUCGCAAUGAUAAGGUUGAGGUUAGUGGAGUCUAAUAGAUGGAGGGUCGAUGAAGUCAAACUGGAACACAAUCACCUAUUCGACCAUGAAAGAGCGCAGAAUUGCAAGUCACGGAAGAAGUUGGAUGCUGUGGCCAAAAGGAAGGUGGAGCCAACUGUGGAUGUAGAAGUACGGACAAUCAAGUUAUACCGUACAUCUAUGGUCGAUCCAGUGGGUUAUGGAAGCUCAAAUUCACUUGAAGGAGAAAUUAGUGAGUGUGUUGAUCGUUCUAGGUGUUUGAAGCUUAAAAAAGGAGAUUCCCAGAUUAUAUAUAAUUUUUUUAGCCGCAUUCAGCUUACUAAUCCGAAUUUUGUUUACCUUAUAGACCUCAAUGAUGAAGGGUGUUUAAGGAAUGUUUUCUGGAUAGAUUCUAGGUCUAGAGCUGCAUAUGGUUACUUUGGUGAUGUGGUUGCCGUUGAUACCACUUGCUUGUCAAACAAACAUGAGAUUCCUCUUGUGGCAUUUGUUGGAGUAAACCAUCAUGGGCAGUCUAUCUUGUUGGGCUGUGGUUUGGUUGCUGAUGAAACAUUUGAAACUUAUGUUUGGCUUUUUCGGGCAUGGCUUACUUGUACGUCUGGUCACCCUCCACAAACCAUAAUCACAGACCAUUGCAGGGCCAUGCAAAGUGCUAUAUCCGAGGUAUUUCCCAGGGCUCACCAUCGGCUGCAUUUGUCACAUGUCGUGCAGAGCAUUCUUGAGAAUCUGGGAGAGUUACAGGAAUCUGGUGUCUUUCAAAUGAUAUUAAAUAGGACAGUGUAUGAGACUGUAAAGGUGGACGAAUUCGAAAUGGGCUGGGAUGAUAUGAUUCGACGUUUUGGAAUUACAGAUCAUGCAUUGCUUUGUACUCUAUAUGAGGAAAGAGAGCGAUGGGCUCCAGUUUACCAAAAAGAUACAUUUUUUGCUGGGAUGUGCAGUUUUCAAAAUGGUGAAUCUACGAGCUCGUUUUUUGACGGUUAUGUGCAUAAGCAAACUUCUUUGAAAGAGUUCUUUGAUAUGUAUGAAUUAGUUUUGCAGAAGACGCGUAAAAGAGAAGCUGCUAGCGAUAUUGAAUCGAGAGAUUCGAGUCCCAUGUUGAAAACAAGAUGCUUCUACGAAUUACAGCUUUCCAAGUUGUAUGCAAAUGGAAUUUUCAGGAGGUUCCAAGAUGAGGUCGUGUUGAUGCCUUGUUUGAGCAUAACACAAACUCAUGCCAACGGACAUGUCAUAACCUACAUGAUUAAAGAACAUGAGGCGGAAGGAGAUCGAAGCAAUAUCAGAAACUUUGAAGUUAUGUACGACAAAGCCGGAAUGGAAAUCCGUUGCAUUUGCAGCUGCUUUAACUUCAACGGCUACCUUUGCCGGCACGGUUUGUAUGUCCUCAAAUACAACGGCGUGGAGGAUGUCCCCUUUCAGUAUAUCUUGUCUCGAUGGAGGAAAGAUUUUAAGCGGCUAUACAAUCCCAACGUCGGAUCCAAUAACGUCGACAGCAGCAACCCCAUUCAGUUGUUUGAUCAUUUGUAUAGACGGUCGAUGCAAGUUGUUGAAGAAGGGAUGAUGUCCCAAGAUCAUUAUACGGUUGCAUGUCAAGCAUUUAAAGAAUCUCUGAAUAAAGUUCGACUUGUUGCGAAUAAGCAUGUAUAGUUAACAGUCAAGAUGUACAUAAUUUCUCUGUAGUAUCUAUAAAAUCUCUUGAGUCCA